AAUUAGAAUUGUGAAUAUUUGAACAAUGUAUCCAUCAACAAUUAACUUCCACUUUGAUUUCUGAAUUGAAUUUUCAUUUUGAUUUGGAAGUUUUGUUUACCUACAAAAUCAAACCUUACGCUUUUCAUGACUGGGAGAUUAAGACACGUUGUGCUUGGUAUAAUCAACAAACUCGUUCCCUCACCCACCACAGAAGAACAAAAAUUCUAUCUUCUUAACAUAGUGAUUCAGAGUUAUGGCUAUGAUGCUGUAGCAGUUUUAUUGUUUUUAGUUUUGUCUAAAUAUGAUUUUUCCAUAUAUUGUUUGAAAUGUUUUGAACAUCUUGACAUCAUCAAAGCCGAAUUAGAAAAUGCAUGCCCUGGUGUAGUUUCUUGUGUUGAUCUUCUUGUGGUGGCGGCUUAUGAGAGUGUGAUUCUAGCUGGUGGACCAUUUUAUCUAGCUCACACAGGUAGAAAAGACAGCAAUCGAUCUUUCUCUCAACUCUCCUAUGAGCUUCCUAGUCCCUUAUAUGAUCUUUCUAUAAAUAUUGCAAGAUUUGCAACGGGGGUUUUCACUGAUAAAGAAAUAAUCACUCUUUUAGGUACACAAUUCAAUCAUCUAUUCUUCAGUUCUCUACUCUAG